UCGAGAGGAAGGGGAGGAGGAAGGCGGGACUGGUACUGGCAGUUGUUCUCCCUGUCGUUUAAGCACAGUGACACACAGGGUUCUUCUGGCUUGUAUCUGGGCAGCAGUGCCAGCACCUCUUGCACAAACCAGAGUCUAAUUCAUUGUAUAGAACAGCUGCUGUGCCCAGCCAGGACAUGCCCAGAUACGAGCUGUCUUUGAUCCUCAAGGCCAUGCAAAGGGGUUCCUUACAUUAGGCCAAACUACAAGGUUAAAUGCCGAUGGCCUUGGAAGUUGACGAUUUUAAUAAAACGUGCAUGCUAAGCACCGGACAUAACCGGAACCACCAUCAAGAGAGCAAAUCAAAGAACAAAGAGUUAACCAUCUUUACACUGGUUUAGACUGAAACUUAUUUUUAUAAGGAUUUUAAAAGCUGAAUUCACUCCCAGGCUCUAAUCAUGAGGGCGUCACUGGAAGCUGCGGAUAUUGCUAUUGUGGCAUUGUACUUUGUGCUGGUAUUAUGCUUGGGAUUCUUUGCAAUGUGGAAAUCCAACAGAAGCACCGUAAGCGGAUACUUUUUAGCAGGACGAUCUAUGACAUGGGUAGCUGUUGGGGCUUCAUUGUUUGUGAGCAAUAUUGGUAGCGAACAUUUUAUUGGACUGUCUGGUUCUGGAGCAGCAAGUGGAUUUGCAGUGGGAGCUUGGGAGUUAAAUGCCUUGUUAUUAUUGCAACUCCUUGGAUGGGUCUUCAUUCCUGUCUACAUUCGUUCUGGAGUGUACACUAUGCCUGAAUAUUUAUCAAAACGUUUUGGAGGACAUAGAAUUCAAGUGUAUUUUGCAGUAUUAUCUUUAAUUUUGUACAUUUUUACCAAACUCUCAGUAGACUUAUAUUCAGGGGCAUUGUUUAUCCAGGAGUCUCUGGGAUGGAAUCUAUAUUUGUCUGUGAUGUUGCUUAUUGGAAUGACUGCUCUCCUCACUGUUACAGGUGGAUUAGUGGCUGUUAUAUACACUGACACUCUUCAGGCUUUACUAAUGAUCAUUGGUGCCCUGACUCUAAGCAUCAUAAGUUUUGUAGAAAUUGGUGGAUUUGAAGAAGUAAAAAGGAGAUAUAUGCUAGCAACACCUAAUGUGACGUCAAUUUUGUUGACCCAUAACUUCACCAAUACCAACUCUUGUCAUGUUACUCCAAAACCUGAUUCCCUUAGGAUGCUACGAGAACCCAGUGAUGAAGACCUUCCUUGGCCAGGCUUCCUUCUAGGUCAGACUCCAGCCUCUGUAUGGUAUUGGUGUGCUGACCAAGUCAUCGUACAGAGGGUUUUGGCUGCAAAAAACAUAUCUCACGCAAAAGCAUCAACCCUCAUGGCAGGUUUUUUAAAGAUUUUACCAAUGUUCAUUAUUGUCAUUCCUGGAAUGAUUUCAAGAAUACUGUUUGUGGAUGACAUUGCUUGUAUUAAUCCUGAGCACUGUAUGGAGGUCUGUGGAAGUAGAGCAGGUUGUUCCAAUAUAGCUUACCCCCGUUUGGUAAUGAAAGUUCUACCUGUUGGCUUGCGGGGGCUUAUGAUGGCUGUGAUGAUUGCGGCACUUAUGAGUGACUUAGACUCUAUAUUUAACAGUGCAAGUACAAUCUUUACCCUUGAUAUCUACAAGUUUAUGCGGAAGACGGCAACAUCUCGAGAGCUUAUGCUGGUUGGAAGAGUGUUUGUGGCUUUUAUGGUAGUUAUCAGCAUAGCUUGGGUACCAAUUAUCGUGGAAAUGCAAGGAGGUCAAAUGUAUCUCUAUAUACAAGAGGUAGCGGACUACCUGACACCACCUGUGGCAGCCCUAUUUCUUCUGGGCAUAUUUUGGGAGCGCUGCAAUGAACAAGGGGCAUUCUAUGGUGGGAUAGUUGGGUUUGUCCUUGGAGUAACCCGUCUUAUUCUAGCAUUUGUUUACCGUGUCCCAGAAUGUAACCUGCCUGACAACAGACCUUGGUUCAUUAAACAUAUCCAUUACAUGUACAUAGCGACAGCUUUGUUUUGGAUAACAGCUAUCAUUGUUAUAGUUGGCAGUCUUUUGACACCGCCACCAAAGAGAGAGCAAAUUAGGACCACCACUUUUUGGGCGUUAAACAGUAAGAGUAUAAAAGAAAAAAAACACAAAGAGGGUAAUUAUAAAGAGCAAGAUAAAAAAAUUAUGCAGAGCACUGAGACUAUUAAACAAGCACUUCCAAAUGGGAAGUCAGAUGAGCACAUUAAAAAUGUUCAGACUGAAGAUGCAACUCUUCUGAUGACUUACAAAGAUGACAGUAACCCGCUAAGCUCUCUUAGUGUCUCCGAAGCAGAGACACCAGUAGAUAGCUAUUCCAAUGGGCAAGCGGCUCUCAUGGGGAAAAUACCUAAUGAGGGAGUUGCAGAGCACAAGAGCAAAUGCUCUACGUUUUGUGACUGGUUUUGUGGCUAUAAGGGUGAGGCUAUGGACAAAAGAUUCAUUAAGGAGGAGGUGGAGGAUGAGGCAGCUUGUCUAAAAAUGCUGGAAGAAAAUCCUGUUGUGAAACGAAUUCUCAACACUGGACUGUUCUGUGUAUGCUCUGUGGGGAUAUUCAUGUUCAUUUAUUUCUCAUUGUGAACAGAAGGUUGACCCUAAGCAGGGAGAAAGAAAGACCGAGAAAUACAUUAUGACUAUUGUGAAAUUAAAGCUGUUGAGAUACUGAAGCAGUGAUGCAAUGGGUCAAUCUUCCCAGGCAUUGUUUACUUUAAAAAAAAAAUCUUUAAUCAAGUGAUAAGUUAUAAUGCAGAGCACUUACUGUAGUUAUCAGGACUCCCUUAAAGGGACAUACAAUUCCAAAAUGUUUAUUAUGCAUUUAAAAGAACCUGUUUUAGACCCAUGAUAAUUUUUUUGUUUUUUACUAUCUUGUUAGCAAAGAAUGAAAACUGUUUAGAGAACAGUUGUUAUGGAAACACUAAGGGGCAUAUUUAUCAAGCUCUGUAUGGAGCUUGAGCCACCUGGUUUUUGGCGAGCCUUCAGGCUCGCCGGAAACCGAAGUUAUGAAGCAGCGGUCUAUAGACCGCUGCUCCGUAACUUGUCUGGCUGCUCUGAGGCGGCGGACAGAAAUCAGCCCGAAUACGAUCAGGUUGAUUGAGGCCCCCUGCUAGCGGCCGAUUGGCUGAAUCUGCAGGGGGCAGCACUGCACCAGCAGUUCACAGGAACUGCUAGUGCAAUGAUAAAUGCCGACAGCGUAUGCUGUUGGCAUUCAUCGAUGUGCAGCGGACAUGAUCCGUUACUUCGUAUAAUGUCCGCUCGCACAUUGAUAAAUAUACCCAUAAGCAUUCACAAAAUUAGUUUUGGUUUGUUUUCUAUAAUGGGCGUUUUGUAGACUUUGUAGAUCACACAAAAAUACAUAAAACAUGGACUUAAAAAUGUAUAAUAUAAAAAUGAUGUAUUUCUAUGUCUCUUUAAGAUAUAUAUAUAUAUAUAUAUAUAUAUAUAUAUAUAUUAUAAUUUUUUUUUUUUUUUUUUUUUGUAUUUCUACCAAAAAUAUAAUUUAUUGUUUUUAAGUGUACUUGCAGGCAGCAAAAGAGUUGCAAGUUUAUUUAUGUGAGCCAAAAAAAAAAAGUAUUGACUUAAGGAUAUUAUAUAUAUACUCUAAGUUAACCAGGACUCUCAAGUAACCAGAAACAAAUCUAGAAGAUACUGCACAUUCAAAUUAACACUAACUUUAGCUUCUCUUCUCUAUAUUAGGCUCUCAAAGGUGAAAGCAAAUCCUUUUAAUGCCUCAAAACUCUGCUCUUGAAAGUUGUGAGCACAAGGCAGUCUGAGAAUUAGACAUCACGCGGCCACUGGGGGUGGGAACUGAACGGAGGCAGCAUUAAUAUUUAAUUCAUCAUUUGCUUUUAUUUACUGUAUUUAAAUAUUAAUUCCAAGUAAAUACAGUGUUUAUAGUAUGGGUUAUAGAACUAGUUAGGCCUAUUUUUAAUAGUAACUCUCAAGCAACCAGAGACUACACUUAUCCUGAAUCUACCAAUCCCCAUGGGUGCCGGUUAACUGGGAGUUUACUGUGUGUGUGUGUGUGUGUGUGUGUAUAUGGUGAAUAUAUAUAUAUAUAUAUAUAUAUAUAUAUAUAUAUAUAUAUAUAUAUAUGUAUAUAUGUGUGUGUGUGUUUUACAUUUUUUGAUUUGAGUAUAUAUUUUCUUUAUGGUUCACUAAUAUAGUUUCAAAACAUUUACAAACACACAAUUUGUUUGGUUCAAAGAACAAUGUAUCCAAGGCAAGGCUUUGUUUAAAUCUAGGAGUCCCCCCCGUGGCCAUUUCUGACUGGCAAUCGGCCAAUACUACAUCCAGGCCUGGCAGUUCGGUUCUUACCACACCACAUACACCGGCCCUGUGCACAUUAGGUGCAAGGUAACAAUUAAAGGACAGUAUCGGAGGUCUGCUUUGGCAUGUGGCUGAGAAAGGGAGUUGCAGGGUAACUGUAAUCUGAUCUGAGGGGCUUGAGUGCCAGGAUUGUGUGGCAUUAGAAUGACUUGACAGAGGGGCUACAAAACAAGGGGUGUGAUCUUUAGAUAUGAUGGAGUUAAUGGUGCUGCAAGACCAGGUGUGUGAUUUAAUGUCUAAUGUGGAUAUUAUGCAGAUAAUGGUGCUGCAAAAGAGGUGUGACUUAAAUUACUAAUAUGGAUAUUGGCCUUGUAGAGGUACUACAAGGACAGGGGUGUUAUCUGAAGUAUGAUAGGGGGACUGCAGGACCAGAGGUUUAAUAUGAGCUAAGAUAAGGUAUGGCGCUGAAAACGGGUUUGUAGAACCAGGGGUGUAAUCUUGGGUCUAAAAAAGGUAUAUUUCUGACUGAGAUACUGUAGAGGUAUGGAUCUAACAGAUGGCAUUUCAAUCUAAUGUGGGUAUGUGGUUGACACAGGGUCUUGGGGUUCUGGUGCUACUUACAGACUGUAGGGCCAGGAGUGUGAUUUUUAAUUUCUGAUUCUGGUGUGGGGCUGCAAGGCCUAGGGUGUGAUCUGAAUUCUGAUGCAUGUGUGGGGCUGCAAGGCCAAGGGUGUGAUCUGAAUUCUGAUUUUGGUGUGGGGCUGCAAGGCCAAGGGUGUGAUCUGAAUUCUGAUUUUGGUGUGGGGCUGCAAGGCCAAGGGUGUGAUCUGAAUUCUGAUGCAUGUGUGGGGCUGCAAGGCCAAGGGUGUGAUCUGAAUUCUGAUUUUGGUGUGGGGCUGCAAGGCCAAGGGUGUGAUCUGAAUUCUGAUUUUGGUAUGGGGCUGCAAGGCCAAGGGUGUGAUCUGAAUUCUGAUGCAUGUGUGGGGCUGCAAGGCCAAGGGUGUGAUCUGAAUUCGGAUGCAUGUGUGGGGCUGCAAGGCCAAGGGUGUGAUCUGAAUUCUGAUUCUGGUGUGGGGCUGCAAGGCCAAGGGUGUGAUCUGAAUUCUGAUGCAUGUGUGGGGCUGCAAGGCCAAGGGUGUGAUCUGAAUUCUGAUUUUGGUGUGGGGCUGCAAGGCCAAGGGUGUGAUCUGAAUUCUGAUUUUGGUGUGGGGCUGCAAGGCCAAGGGUGUGAUCUGAAUUCUGAUGCAUGUGUGGGGCUGCAAGGCCAAGGGUGUGAUCUGAAUUCUGAUGCAUGUGUGGGGCUGCAAGGCCAAGGGUGUGAUCUGAAUUCUGAUGCAUGUGUGGGGCUGCAAGGCCAAGGGUGUGAUCUGAUAUCUGAUUCUGGUGUGGGGCUGCAAGGCCAAGGGUGUGAUCUGAAUUCUGAUUUUGGUGUGGGGCUGCAAGGCCAAGGGUGUGAUCUGAAUUCUGAUUUUGGUGUGGGGCUGCAAGGCCAAGGGUGUGAUCUGAAUUCUGAUGCAUGUGUGGGGCUGCAAGGCCAAGGGUGUGAUCUGAAUUCUGAUGCAUGUGUGGGGCUGCAAGGCCAAGGGUGUGAUCUGAUUUUGGUGUGUGGCUGCAAGGCCAAGGGUGUGAUCUGAAUUCUGAUGCAUGUGUGGGCCAUUCGGCUCUGAUCUGAGUUGGAUAUAGGGCGAACUGAAGGACUGCACUGCACGACCAUUAGGAUCUGGAUUAAUAUUGGUUUGUUUUUGACAUAUCGGUCUGCAGGGACCUGGUAGCCUUAGAUUCCUCAGUUAACUCUCACAACAAGAGUGCCUUUUGAAUGCCAGUGCCUAUUUUUGUUCACAGUCUGGUCCUGACCACAAAGGGGAGAGAAGCGGCAUUAAAAUGACCAUUUAUUGAUGGACCUGCUGCUACACUCUACUGCUCGUGGCACAGGAUCAUUUACUGGGCUCUAGGGACACAUUUUUAGGUCACUCCAUAUAUUGGUUGAGCACUUAUUUAAAAACACUUGCACUUUUGAAGUUUUCACAAUAUUAGAAAAAGUAUGUGCUGCAGUUCAUUCUUAAAGGGACACUGAACCCAAUUUUUUUAUUUUGUGAUUCAGAUAGAGCAUGCAAUUUUAAGCAACUUUCUAAUUUACUCCUAUUAUCGAUUUUUCUUCGUUCUCUUGCUAUUUUUAUUUGAAAAAGGCAUCUAAGCUAUAUUUUUUUUGUUCAGACCAUGGAAAGCACUUAUUUAUUGUUGGGUGAAUUUAUCCAUCAAUCGGCAAGAACAACCCAGGUUGUUCACCAAAAAUGGGCCGGCAUCUAAACUUAGAUUCUUGCAUUUCAAAUAAAGAUACCAAGAGAAUGAAGACAAUUUGAUAAUAAGAGUAAAUUGGAAAGUUGCUUAAAAUUGCAUGCUCUAUCUGAAUCACAAAAGAAAAAAAAUUGGGUUCAGUGUCCAUUUUAAUGGUUAUAUCUUCAGAUUAAAACUAAAUUUGCAGUCUAAUACCCUUAAAGGUUAAAGUCCACUUGUAUAAUUAUGGACCACUUAAAAAAACAUUCCACUUUAUAUGCAAUAAAUUGGCUCAUUGUUUUCCCAUAAUCACCUUUCAGGUGUUUUAUAACAUCUUUUUACUAGUUAUCUAGAAACAAAUUGUGAUCAGUGUGACCCAUGAUGCUUAUUUUAUUGUACAUUUUGCUUUUAAAAUUGGUUGAAACGGCAAAUGUAGGGAAUUCUGUUUUCAGAAGAGAAAAUUGCUUGGAAAUUGAAAUACAAAUAAAUACAAAUCUGUCCCGGGUUGAUGAGGUGAGAGGCUGUAGUAGAAGCUGCUGAAAAUCAGGUGUAUUGAGUUAAGGGGACAUAAAAUUAAAAAUUCAGACAGACCAUGCAAUUUUAUAGAGAGGUUUUUAAAAUGUACUUUUGUUCUCUUGGUGUCCUUUAAUCUUCUAGGUAGGCUCAUGUGCUGCACUGAACUUUCGGGAGCAAGUUGGGGAUUUUUGUUUUGCCUAUGCACAUAUGCCAGGGGUCAAUACAUCGGUUUCAAAUUUAGGAGCCAGACAGUGAUAUUUGUAUAAAGAUAUAUGGAGCCUGAAUAUGCCUCUUGUCCUAAGCUUAGCAGGGGCCUGAUUCUCUAAAUAUCAAUGGUCUGGAGAGAUUAUCUAAGAAGACACCAAAAUUACAAUAUAAAUGUAAUUUCUCUUCAUGCUGCUGAUUUUUUGUUCAUUGAGCAUGGUUCCAGUUAGCUCCCAGUAAAGUAUUUCAGCUCUCGCUCUGACUUUGCAGGGGUUAAACACAUAGUUGUAGGCAAGCUAUAGUGCAAUAAUAAAAUGUGCUAACACAGAACAUUUUCCUAUCUUACCCUUUUGUAUCCCUUUAAGAACAUUUAGUGCUCUAAUUGAAUAUUUCCAGUAGGCGAGAGACCUGUACAAGUGUAUUCCUAGGGCAGUGAAUGGAAUUAAUCUAUUUAUCUGUCUGUAUAUGUGUGGCUUUAGAUAUCACUGACGUUCAUAAAUGGUUAAAUGUAUAGUCCAUAUUUUUUUUUACACAGGGUUUAACAAUUCUGAUAUAUUUGCACGUGUGGGUGUAAUGUAUACAUAUCAGUAUGUAUGCACAUGCGUAUAUUCGUAUGUUGCAUUAACAUCUAACUAAACCAAGAAAAAAAUUACUCCAAAGCCCUGAGAUUUCAUUAUAGGUCAUAAUUUUCCAUGAAGAUUAAAUUCUAUUUUGUAUUUACAAAUAUCAUGAAGGUGAUGAACAUAGUAGAUUUAUUUCUUAAGACCCAGAACCCAAACCAUUUUUUUUCAUGUUUCAGAUAGUGCGGGCAGGAGCUGUCAAUCUCCUCGGUCUGACUAGACAGAGGAGAUUGAAUUUCGCCACAUUAGAGGUGGCGAAAAGGUUAGGGAAUCGGCGGUCUGGUGACCGCUGCUUGAUAAAUGACGGCGAGCAAGUUGUUGUGAGAACUUGCAGCUGUAGGGCUUUAACCCUUUAAGGACACAGCUUUCAGUUUGCUCAAUUGUUUUAUGACGGAAAAAUUCCGUCAUAUGUCCUUAAGAGGUUAAUAAAUCUAGCCCAUAGUCUGAGAGUUGGGCUUGUAUUAUCCUCUCACUGACAAAAGCAGCAAUGUCAUUUUCUCUGACACUUUUGAAAGGAUUUGAUACCAGGAAUAAAAAUAAAAACACUCGGUACUCUGGUCUCAUUAGAAAUAUAUAUAUAUAUAAUCCCUGUAUCAAAAACAAACUGUAUCACAGACCCAACAGCUGUAUAUUUAUGCAUAGAUAAUGUUUACCCAGCUAUUAAUUAUUGUUCCCCAAAUGCAUUUGAGCAUAUGGGGGGGGGGGGGGAUGUUUAAAUUGGCAUACUUUGUUGAUAUUUUUUUGUACAUUAUGUUUGCAUUAAGGAUAACAAGUUAUAUUGAAAUAUAGUUCUCUAUUUUUGGGUAAACAUUUUAUAUAAAAUCACGGUGUAGUUUAUACCAGCAUUUGCCUUUAGAGUGCCUGGCUAGUACAACCAGAUUCAGUGUUCUUUUGUACAUAUACCGCGUGUAUUUUGAAGUGGACCACAACACUAAAUCUGCAGUUUAAAACCUAUGUAUGUGUGAUCCCUUUCUGCCUUGUAUAUUUCAUUUGUAAUAAUGUUUACAGGUAUCCUGUGUCCAUCUUAUACGCUACGUUCUAGUACAAUCCGAAAAGGCAAAUAACACAAAUGAACAGUUUGUAUCUGUAAUGUUGUUGAUCAGUAUAAAAUGUUUUUUUUCCUAAGUGCCGAAUAAGUUACCAUGCUUCUUACUUGUAUCAUGAUCAUAACAGUGCUUGUACAAAAUGUUUAAAUGGACACUGACGUUUGAAGUCAAUGUACAAAUAAAGUGGGGUUAAUAAAUA